UCCGCCAAUCCUGAGUCCUCAACUGCUUCCUAGAUCCGCAGCUGCUUGCUAGACGAAGAAGACCGUCGAUGGCUCGCGUGGCACUGCUCGUUGUGUUCACUGUGCUCGCCGCGCUGGCGGCGGCGGGGAGGGCGUCGGCGGCCGUGAGCUGCAGCGACGUGACCUCCGCCAUUGCGCCGUGCAUGUCGUACGCGAUGGGAAAGGCGGCGACGCCGUCGGCGGGGUGCUGCAGCGGGGUGAGGUCCCUCAACGGCAAGGCCUCCACGGCGGCCGACCGGCGCACGGCGUGCGGCUGCCUCAAGAACCUGGCGGGGUCGUUCAAGGGAGUCAACAUGGGCAACGCCGCCAGCAUCCCCGGCAAAUGCAGCGUCAGCGUCUCCUUCCCCAUCAGCACCAGCGUCGAUUGCUCAAAGCUUAACUAAGUUAUCGAUCAGCAUCAUCAGGCCGCCGGGUUGCCGACUCCAUGCACUGUCCACUGUUAUUGCUGCUUUCUGCAUGUACGCUCGAUCUGUUGCUCUUAUUGUAGAGCAGACUAUAUUGAUCGAAUCAUCAAUAAAAUGGUGUGUUUAAUUUAA